UUGGAAACAAUAGUUUCCAUAGCACAGCUGGAUCUUAUCUUCUCAGCCAAUCGGAGGGAGAGAGAAUGGGUCAAACAAGUCCGCUUGGAAAGAGGAAAGUGAAAGCAAACUUUCUGGUUCCUUAGCAGAAGAAAUUAUGGAUGCAAACAUCCUCCUAGAACAGCUGAAAAAAGAAGCUUGCUGCUCCCUUUGCCAGGAGUAUUUCAAAGACCCGGUGGCCGUACACUGUGGGCACAACUUCUGCCAAGCCUGCCUUGCUCAAUGCUGGGGGGAACUGGAGUCCAGUGUAUGCUGCCCUCUUUGUGGGGAAAGUAGCCCACAAAAGAGCUCCACCGAGAACCAGAACCUGGCAAGAAUUGUGGAAAUAGUCAAAUGCCUGAAUUUCGAUGGGCAAAACGUGGGCAAGAAGGUGUGCGAGAGCCACUUGGAAUUCCUGGAGGUCUUCUGCAAAGAUGAUAAAAUCCCCAUCUGCCUGGUGUGUGAUUUGUCCAAGGAACAUCGGCAUCACACUGUGAUCCCUAUAGAAGACGCCGUUCAGCAGUACAAGUUCAAUAACUUCUUUGCUCAAAAGAAAGAAUUUCAGAUGGAGUUGAAGAGCUGGAAGCAAAAGAGAGAGAAAUUCCAUGCACUAAAAGUGGCUGAAGAAAAAAGAAGCUGGAAAUCAUUAGAAAGAUUAGGAGAUGAAGGAAAGAAAAUUAUGUAUGAAUUUGAGCAGCUCCAUCAGUUUCUCGAAGUUCAAGAAGACCUCAUACUAGCCAGGCUGGAACAGCUAGAAAAGGAUGUGAUGAUGGAGAAGGAGACAAUCACCUCCAGGCUCUCGGAGGAGAUUUCCAACUUUAGUGACCUCAUCAGUGAGAUAGAAGAAAAGGACAAGCAGUCAGUGAAUGAAUUUCUUCAGGAUCUCAAAGACACUUUUAUCAGAUGUCAUCAGCAGAAGACUCAGCAGCAGUCAGUGGAUCAUUCUCCUGAUCUAGAGAAGAGAUUGAAUACCUUUUCUGAACAAAGCAUGCAUCUAGAAAAGAUGUUCAAGGAAUUCAAAGUUCUUAUCUCCACUGAGUUAGAAAGCACAUCUUUGCUGAAAGAAGACCUGCGGGUCCCAAAAGGCAGGACAAGAUUGUUCAAAUUGCCAUAUGCAGAGCUGAAAAAAAGAGGCAGAAAAGUGAAUGUGACUCUGGAUGCAGAUACUGCAAACCCGUUCCUCAUUCUCUCAGCGGAUCAGAAGAGUGUGAAGCUCGGAGAUAUAUGGCAGGACCUUCCUGACAAUCCUGAAAGAUUUGAUCCUUAUCCCUGUGUGCUGGGCUGUGAAGGACUUGUGUCGGGGAGACACUACUGGGAGGUGGAGGUGGGAAGUGGAAGAUAUUGGGCUGUGGGCUUUGCCAAAGAAUCUGUAAAGAGAAAAGGGGAGAUUGUCCCUAGCCCUGAAGAGCAGAUCUGGGCUCUGCAACAGUAUGGAAAUCAACUUGAGGCUCUUACCUGUCCUGUGACCAUCCUAUCUUCAUUCAGCAGCCUCAGGAGGGUGCAGAUAUUUCUGGACUAUGAAGAGGAUCGGGUGGCAUUUUUUGAUGCUGAUACAUCAGCUUUGAUCUACAUUUUCUCACCAGCUGCUUUUUGUCAAGAGAGACUCUUCCCUUGGAUCUGGGUUUGGCCAGGGACCGAGUUAAGACUUUACCAGUGAAACUUUAUCUUCAAUAUAUUGUGUAAUUCCA